AUGUCGACAUUCACUCGAGCUCGUUCUCUCAUUCCUCGCCUCUCCAACCAGACUACCCGUCUCCACCAUAACAGCAACACACACUACCGUGCAGCACUGGCAGGGACAUCUUUCGUAUGGCGCCAGGGAUCGUCUGUUUCCACCCCUGCCCCUAUGUUGACCCUGACCAAGGCUAUUCAAAGCUCGUUCUUCUCGACCUCCGCUCGCCGUAUGGACCCCUCGUUGACCACACCUGUGCCCAACCCCGUUGCCCCAGAGGAAUCCAACCGCAACGAUCCCCAGCCUGAAGACGAUACCAAGCACGCCGUCGUCUCUACGUUUGAUCUGUUCUCCAUCGGUAUUGGCCCAUCUUCCAGUCACACAGUUGGACCCAUGCGUGCCGCAAAGAUCUUUGUCACCGACCUCAAGGAGCACAACGUCCUCGACAAGGUCUCUACACUUCGGAUUGAUCUCUUUGGAUCUCUCGCUCUCACUGGAAUCGGACACGGCACUCCCGACUCCAUCCUCAUGGGAAUGGAGGGAGAAUCCCCUGAGACGGUGGAGACGACAACGAUCCAGUCGCGCCUGAAAGCCAUCGACGACCACAAGGCAUUGACUCUGGACUCGACUAACCGUAUCCAUUUCGACCCCGCCAAGGAUCUCGUCUUCCACUACUUUGAAUCUCUCCCCCAACACCCCAACGGCAUGCGCUUUUGUGCGUUCAACUCCAAUGGCGACCUUCUGGCGACCAACGAGUACUUUUCGAUCGGAGGGGGUUUCGUUGUCAAUGAGCGCACUCAGCUCGCCCAUGGAGAGAACGUCUUCUAUAAGGGCGAGCAUGACGGGGAGGGCAACAAAGUCAUCCCCCAGACCCGUCGGAACCAGGAUCUGGCCACUGCUGCCUUGCCCUUCAGCAAUGCUACUGAGUUGUUGCAGCUCUGCGAGAGGGAGAACAUGACGAUUGCGCAAGUGGUCUAUGAGAACGAGCUCCGGUGGCGGUCUGCGGAGGAGAUUCGGGAAAAGACGUUUGCAAUCUGGAACACCAUGGACAAUGCCAUCAAGAAUGGAUGUCUUUCGUCAGAUGAGAUGUUGCCCGGUCGUUUGCGUGUCCGUCGUCGUGCUCCCGGGCUGUACAAGAAGUUGCUCAAGGGUCUCUACUCGACCACCCCACUUUACAAGGAUAGCCAGGUCUUGCAGAGCAAUGGAAGUGGGGCUUCUAAGGAUGCCUUGACGAACCAGGUGCAGGAACGUGGAAUUGACAAGAUCUUGCCCAAGCGCCCCGUUAAGCGUUUGAUGCUCCCCGCUCUGGAUUACUUGAGCGUCUAUGCCAUCGCCGUCAACGAGGAGAACGCUGCUGGAGGGCGUGUCGUAACCGCACCCACCAACGGCGCUGCAGGGGUUAUCCCCGCCGUGCUCAAGUACUACCUCGAGUUCAUCUCUGACAACCCCGAGCAGGAUAUCAUGGAGUUCAUCCUUACCACCGCCGCCAUCGGAAUGCUCUACAAGCGUGGGGCCUCAAUCUCGGCCGCCGAGAUGGGUUGUCAGGGAGAGGUCGGAGUUGCCUGCUCGAUGGCGUCAGCCGGCUUCGCGGCCGUGAUGGGUGGAUCUGUCCGCCAGGUCGAGAACGCUGCCGAGAUUGGAAUGGAGCAUAACUUGGGCCUGACCUGUGACCCCAUUGAUGGUCUGGUCCAGAUCCCCUGUAUUGAGCGUAACGCUUUGGGCGCCGUUAAGGCUGUUACUGCAGCCCAGUUAGCGUUGAACGGUGAUGGACACCAUAGAGUUACGCUUGACCAGGUUAUUGAGACGAUGCGUCAGACCGGUAACGAUAUGCAGGCCAAGUACAAGGAGACCUCUCAGGGUGGUCUCUCUGUCUGUGUUCCUGUCUGCUAA